AAGAGGCAUCGAGUGGGAAUGGGAGAGAGGCAGAGGAGCCACAACAUCUGAAAGUUUUAAACCUGUGAUCGCGGUAGGUGAUGCGAAGCAAGACUGGGGGUUCCUCCAACAUGUGGAAGCAAAACAAAUUCCACAUCAUGGACUGCUUCAUACAGAGACAGAUUUAGGUUUUACCGCUGAGGGGAGGGCAUUCUCUGUCAUGUUCUUAUUCGGGGAGGAUGGAAAUAUAAGGAUGAGAUAGGAGAGUUUAACAAAUAUAUUUAAACUAAGAGGUGUGCAGAGAUUGAAAUGCAUUGGGCGUUAAGCUGCACUGUUCUCCCAGGAUGAAAUAUAGCAUUAGUGUUUAUGAAAGUUAAGACGUAGCGGCUCUGAAAAAUACCCAUGGAGUUGAAACGUCAACGAGGAACUUAAAUGCACAACAGAUGUUACCUUCAGGAGCAGUGGCCGCAGUGGAUUAAAAGAGUAUCAACUGCCUGGGAAAGUGAGGACCCCCGCUGACAUCUCACUGCGGAAGUACUAAUCGUGUUGGGAUUAUAGCCAGCAUUGGACUUCGUUGUGUGGACCAAGUUUUUUUUUUUUUUUAUCCCCUCGAAGCAGUGGGUUCUCUUCUGAUUUUGGGCUACUCCUUUUGUUUGUACAUUUCACGAGGGAUGGAGAAUCCUGUGCACUGACCCCGAGCUGUCCAGCCCUACCCUGUGUCCUUGCCUGUAGGACGCAGUGACCAUGCUGACCGAGUGUCCAACACCAGAAAGAUCAGAGCCCCGAUCCCCGCUAAGGCCUGCUGUAAUCUCUGCAGCACCAUGUCUCAAACAGUCGCUGCUCCACUCGAGGCUAACAGCUCACUGUCAGGAGAAGCGCCUGGGGUUCAGCUGAAAUGGGCAGCCCUGCUUAUUGUCAUGGUCAUCAUCCCCACUAUUGGAGGGAACAUCCUGGUCAUUCUCGCUGUGUCACUUGAAAGAAAGCUUCAGAAUGCCACCAACUACUUUCUGAUGUCGCUUGCUGUGGCUGAUCUGUUGGUGGGACUCCUAGUGAUGCCCAUUGCUCUCGUCACUGUUCUCUACAACUCUGGCUGGCCUCUUCCGGAGCCCCUCUGCCCCAUUUGGCUGUUCCUCGAUGUGCUGUUUUCUACCGCAUCCAUUAUGCACCUAUGCGCAAUUUCACUGGAUCGCUACAUUGCCAUCAAGAAGCCAAUCCAACACAGCCAAUACAAAUCCAGAGCCAAAGCGAUGGUGAAGAUUGCACUGGUGUGGCUCAUAUCCAUUUGUAUCGCAAUCCCAAUUCCGAUUAAGGGGCUUAAGAACAGCCAUCUUCCCAACAACAUCACCUUCAACAGUAACCACACAUGCCUGCUGAAAACAGACACCUUCCGGGAGUUUAUCAUGUUUGGCUCCUUGGCGGCAUUCUUCAUCCCUCUGACCAUCAUGAUGGUCAUCUACCUUCUUACUGUCCGGGUGUUACGCAAAAAAGUGUAUUUGCUCAGGUCAAGGGUGACUCAGCGCUUUAGCUACGUGGCAGUCUCCACAGUUUUUCAAAGAGAACAGUCUGUGACCCCACCUCAAGCUGAUCAACUUAACAUGCUGGACCUCCGACUUCCCAGGAUGCAAGAAAAGACAUAUACAGGCACAACAAACUCUCCUACAGGAGAUGAAAUGUCCUUUCGGAGAAUGUCAACAAUGGGCAAGAAGUCAAUGCAGUCUCUGAGCAAUGAGCAGCGUGCGUCAAAAGUGCUUGGCAUCGUCUUCCUCCUGUUCGUAGUCAUGUGGUGCCCUUUCUUCAUCACUAAUAUCACCUCGGUGUUAUGCACCAGCUGUGAUGUUCAUGUAAUCGCCCACCUGAUGGAGAUCUUUGUUUGGGUGGGUUAUGUGUCAUCAGGCAUCAACCCGUUGGUCUACACCUUGUUCAACAAAACGUUCAGGCAAGCGUUCGCUCGUUACAUCACCUGUAAUUACGAGCCAGCAAGGCACCCAACGAUAUCGAAUGCUGAUCGGAACCUUACACGGAUUUCAUUCAGAUCUUCCAUGGCAGAAAACUCUAAACUCUUCAUGAAGCGGGGAAUGAAGAAUGGCAUUGGAGCAGUUAGCUACCAAAGUCCAAUGAGGUGUCGGCAAGCACAGUCACUCAGUGGUGUUGUGUUAGACACAAUGCUUCUGAAUGAAAACGAAGGUGGUAAGCAGGAGGAGAAAGAUAGCUGUGUAUAGCGAUAGCAGACAAAUUCAAUGGCAUGAGCACUUAAAACGAAUCAGAUAUAUGGUGCCAACGUUUAUCUCUUUAAGAUAAAAGGCUAAAACCCCACAACAAAUAUUCAUGAUGAGUCAGCUCUCACUUUAAAUUUGAUUGACAAAUCUUUCAACAGCAGUGCUUACUGUACACUGCACAACAACAAAAUCUGACCUGUUGCUGUCAGAUGAUUUUUGUUUACAUCAGUAAUAUAUUUUUAACAAAUGCUAAUUAAGGCAAUAUUUUCAAUUAUGAUCAUUUCAGACACAUUAAAUCAAUACGUAAAACUCCUGUUUUAUAUGUGAAUAUAUAUGGUGGUCAAAAUACUUCUCACUUGGCCUUUUAGACAGGCCAAAUUAAUAAUGUGAAUUCUCAGACAGCAAGACAGUUCAUAGCGUACCAGAAGACAUUUUGCUUUUUCAAACGUAAUAAAACCUUGAGAUGACGUGUCACAGGUGAACAAAAAAAAAAGAAGAGGAUGUCAUCUAUGAAAGGUCACAGGGUCGACAAAGUUCAGACCACCAGACAAAAAUGGAAGGAAUGAAGACACAAUGAUGACCUGGAAACUCUCUGUGAAUGCAGUACACAAUCUUUUCCUAUGCUGAUCCUUUCAACUUGGGCAUCUGAAUAUGCUGUAAACCAUCUCAGACCACAUGCUUAUAUUUUGUUAAGACAAAUAACUCUACUUUUCAAAUCUUUUCUGCAACAGACAAAAAGUUUGCACUCUUGCUGGACCUUUGAGAAGCACUCUUGUAUGUGUAUUGCAGCGUGAUGUUUUGACAUGUUUGAAGGUUUCCAAAUAAAAGACUGUAAAUAAUAAAGAACAUUUUGUAUUAAAUAGAAACCUAAAUGUGUUCAAUAAAAAAUGUUACAUG